UGUCAGGUGCAAACAGUAAAUUGUACAGUUAGAAAUAGAGGACUCACUUUACAGCUGGACAAAGAAAAGGAUAUAUUACAUACACUUUGCUUUGUUGUUUGUGUUGCAUGUUUGCCGAAGCUGGUGGUCUACAAUUUGGUAAAUUGAUAGAAUAAAACAAUGGAUGGGGACUUGGAGGGAAGCAAAAAACACUCGUCAGAAAGAGAUGUCACGUUCCAGAGCCACUUGCAGAAUGAAGUUCGGCCUUUUAUCGAGUUGAUCGACUCUCUGAGGGUGCUUGGCAUCGACAAGGACCUAAAUCUGCCCUCCAUCGCUGUAGUUGGAGAUCAGAGUUCUGGAAAAAGCUCCGUCCUAGAGGCCAUUUCUGGGGUGGCUCUACCGAGAGGCAGUGGCAUCGUCACUCGCUGUCCUCUGGAGUUAAAACUGCGGAAGAAACAAGGGCAAUGGGAGGGAAAGAUCUCCUACAAAGGUCACUCAGAAACGUUCUAUGAUCCGUCACAGGUGGAGAGUCUGGUUAGAAGAGCACAGGAUGUUCUGGCUGGAAACGGGGUGGGGAUCUGCCAUGAAUUGAUCUCUUUGGAAAUAUCGUCCUCUGAGGUGUGUGACCUCACUCUGAUCGACCUCCCUGGAAUUACACGAGUGCCAGUGAAAGGCCAGCCAGAUGAUAUUGGUGACCAGAUCCGCAGUCUUAUUUUGAAAUACAUCACCAAAGAUGAAACCAUCAAUUUGGUUGUGGUCCCUUGUAACGUUGACAUAGCCACAACUGAGGCCCUGAGAAUGGCACAGGAAGUGGAUCCUCAUGGAAGCAGAACUCUUGCCAUCCUUACAAAACCAGAUUUGAUCGACAGAGGAGCAGAAGGGGACGUUUUAAAGAUUGUCCAGGGCAAAGUCAUUCCGCUCAGUAAAGGGUACAUCAUUGUACGAUGCCGAGGUCAACAGGAUAUUAAUGAUAAGAUCUCUCUGAGUGAAGCCAUGCAAAUUGAGAAAGAUUUCUUCAGGAAACACCGAUGUUUCAGCUCGCUUUUGGAUGAAGAUAAAGCCACCACUGAGUGCUUGGCAAGAAAGUUGACCGUAGACUUGGUUGCCCACAUUAAGAAAUCACUUCCACACCUGACAGACCAGGUUCAGAGCAUCCUUUCUCAGGUGCAAGCAGAGCUAAAGAAGUAUCAGGAGGGUCCACCAAUAGACCAUAAUAUGAUGGGACCGUACUUGAGUCAGGUUAUUAAUGAGUUCAGUGAUAAUAUCCAUGAACUGGCGAGAUCAGGGGACUCUCAGCACAAGAACUUAUAUGCUCUGCUGCGCCCAGUCUUCAAACAGUGGGAUGGAUAUCUUAGAAGCAGCCAGAUAUCAUUCAAAGAAGCCGUUGACAGAAUGAUCUAUAAAUAUGAUGAUCUGCACCGUGGCCGGGAGCUGCUGACGUUCAGUGACUACUCCUCUCUGGAGUCUUUAGUCAAACAUCAGGUGAAGGCUCUUGAAGAACCAGCGAUGGAGACGCUGAAGAUCAUCCGAGAGAUCAUUCAAGAUGAGUUUAAGAAUGUGUGUGAAAAGUCAUUUGACAACUACCCUCAUCUAAGAUACAUAGUCAUGACAAUGAUUGAUGAUAUUCAGUCAAAACAAGAAGCCCAGGUGGAGACCAGGAUCAAAGAGUUCAUCCGAAUGGAGCAGCUGGUUUUCACUCAGGACAGUAUCUUACAGCAGAAACUCAGCAACUCCAAACUCUCAAGUCAGGAGGAUUUAAAUGAUGAAGCCUUCUACGAUGAUGACGGCAUCUUUUCAUCAAGCGGGUGCGCGGCGCUUGAUAGCAGAAAGCUCAUCCCAGAAAAGACGGUCCUGUACUAUGAGAUUGCCUACCAGAGACUGUCGGACUAUCUUCCAAUGCUGCUCCAGCUCUUCAUGCUGAAGGAUGCAGCUAAAAUGUUGCGUGAUCAAAUGAUGGACUUGAGGAAUGGCGCAGAUGUCAUGAAACUACUGAGCGAAGGAUCAGAAAAAGGACGCAAGAAGGCUGAACUGUUUCAGCGUCUACAACGGCUAAAAGAAGCUCAGGCCAGAAUCUGCAGCACUUUCUAACAGGAAGUUAGUACUUAGAUUAGUGAUAGAUAGACAGAGUAUCAAAAGAAUACAAUUUAGGAAGAUUGAAUGUUGUUUUAUGGUGAUGCAACAAAGUAAAAUCACUCAUGCAUAAAUUAAUGAAUACUUAUUAUUACGUUUUACAAUUUGAAAUAGUGUUCUUCAUACAAUGAAAAUUGUUUUUUUAAACCAUAAGAUUUCCUUUCACUGCAGUUACUGCAUUCAGGUUUUUAAGUUAUCAUUACGGGGGUGGGGCAGCUGGUCUGAUAAUGGGUGUAAGAGGAGCACAACAUUCAGUUUUACAUCAGUGAAUGACUGGACAGAUGAGCAAUUAUUAACUGAUGUCUGACUGUAACCUUACUAAAAGAGCCAGAAGGUAACAUAGACACUAGCACACACUGAUAUUGAACACCAACAGUUUGAUGACAAAAUUCAACCUGAACUGCUAGUACUGUAUGAAUCAAACUUUUUAUUAUGAGAUUAUUGUAAUACAGUACUGUGCAAGAGUUUUAGGCACCGAAGCAAAUUACAAUCCAUUUAUCUCAGUAAUAAGAGUGUUUUUACCUGAAAAAAACACCAAAUAUGAUUUGAAUAUAUGCAAAUAAACAUACAUACAGUUAAAACAUAGCAAGGAAUUCCCCUUUUUUAAGUAUGUUAUAUAUGUUAUAAGCUGAAGAACAAAGUGUAGAGAUUACAGAUUUCUCCUGUAUGCUCCUCAGCCAGCCUGUGUAUAUUAUUAUAUAUAGUUCAGUUUGGUCAGCAGCUCACCUGGUUUACCAAAUUUACCAAUUUACCAAACCAGGUGUUGAUAUGAUGAGAACUAGAAAUAACUCUAAUAAACUCAGAUGAGAAGAGAUUAGGAGAUGCUUUAAGGAAAGCAGUUACUUUUUGUAAAAUUGCUGUUUGUAUUUAUUGUAAUGCUGGUGUUUUACUGAGCUAAUAAACACUUACUU